ACGCCACAGUGCUAGCUGUUUCGAAAAUGAAACUGGUUGUUGUUUGACUGCGAGAGGCAACGAAAAGAAAACGAAAACAAGACGGGUAUUAGCUUAAACCCCCCGUGGAGGGUACAGUGUUUCACCCCGGCACAACAGAGGCGGAGGUACCCAACGCUGGGAAUGUUGAGUAAACAGCAAAGCUGGAUGGGACGUGACGUUACUGCACUGCAAUGGAGUCUGUAGCAGUGGGCUCAGCUACUCGUUGAGACUGAAGCUGCCGUCACUAUGGCGCACUUUGACACAGAGUACCAGCGCCUGGAGGCGUCCUACAGCGACUCUCCCCCUGGAGAGGAGAACCUGUUGAUGCAUGUGCCUGAAGGAGCCAAAUCCCAAUGGCACCACAUAGAAAACCUGGACCUGUUUUUCCAGAGAGUCUAUAAUCUGCACCAGAAGAAUGGAUUCACCUGUAUGCUGCUGGGAGAGAUCUUUGAGCUGGUUCAGUUGCUGUUUGUGGUUGGCUUCACAGUGUUCCUAGCUAACUGUGUGGACUAUGACAUACUGUUCGCCAACAAGUUUGUAAAUCACACGGAUUCAUCUAAAGUCACCUUGCCUGAUGCCUUCCGCCCCAUGGAAGUCUGCAGUGCCCGUAUCCGAGACAAUGCAUUUGUGAUCUUCGUGCUGAUAAUCUCUGGGGUGUUCUGGCUACAUCGUCUGGUCAAAUUCAUCUACAAUGUCUGCUGCUACUGGGAGAUUCGGUCCUUCUACAUAAACGCACUCAAGAUGACGAUGUCAGAACUCCCCUAUGCAACAUGGCAGGAGGUUCAGGCCAGGAUAGUGGAGAUCCAGAAGGAGCACCAGAUCUGCAUCCAUAAAAAGGAACUCACAGAGCUCGACAUUUACCACCGCAUCCUUCGCUUUAAAAACUACAUGGUUGCCAUGGUGAAUAAAUCACUCCUUCCUGUGCGUUUUCGACUUCCUGUUCUUGGGGAGUCUGUGUUCUACACCCGGGGUCUCAAGUACAACUUUGAGCUCAUCUUCUUUUGGGGACCAGGCUCUCUGUUUGAGAAUGAGUGGAGCCUGAAACCAGAGUACAAGAGAGGGAGUAACAGGCUUGAGCUGGCCGACAGGCUAGCAUCCCGCAUCCUGUGGAUUGGGAUUGCCAAUCUGCUGCUGUGUCCAGUCAUUCUGGUGUGGCAGAUUCUCUACGCCUUCUUUAGUUAUACAGAGGUGAUCAAGAGGGAGCCUGGUUCUCUGGGAGCGAGAUGCUGGUCUCUGUACGGUCGAUGUUACCUGCGUCACUUUAAUGAGUUGGACCAUGAGCUCAUGUCACGCCUCAGCAAAGGCUACAAGGCUGCAUCCAAGUAUAUGAACUGUUUCCUCUCACCACUGCUGACGGUGGUUGCCAAAAAUGUAGCCUUUUUUGCCGGGUCUCUUCUGGCUGUCCUCAUCGCGCUGACUAUCUACGACGAGGACGUUCUCGCAGUGGAACACGUCCUCUCGUCAAUCACUCUGCUGGGAGUGUGUAUCACAGUCUGCAGAUCAUUUAUCCCAGAUAAGCACAUGGUGUUUUGUCCUGAGCAGCUGUUGAGGGUCAUCCUGGCUCAUAUCCACUACAUGCCCGACCACUGGCAGGGCAAUGCACAUAGAUAUGAGACUCGUGACCAGUUCUCCCAGCUCUUCCAGUACAAAGCAGUGUUUAUUCUGGAGGAGCUGAUAAGUCCAGUGGUGACUCCCAUCAUCCUGAUCUUCUGUCUGAGGAGGAAGUCUCUGGAGAUCAUUGAUUUCUUCAGGAACUUCACUGUGGAGGUGGUCGGGGUUGGAGACACUUGCUCCUUUGCCCAGAUGGACAUCAGGCAGCAUGGACACCCUGCGUGGAUGUCAGAGGGGAAGACAGAGGCGUCCAUCUACCAACAGGCAGAGGACGGGAAGACGGAGUUGUCUCUGAUGCACUUUGCCAUCACCAACCCCCAGUGGCAGCCUCCUCGGGAGACCACGCACUUCAUCAGCCAGCUGAAAGAACGGGUUCACAGAGAGGCCACGGGGGCUCCUUCAGACUCGCAUCCACUCUCACUGUCCGAGUCUGAGCCAAGGAGCCUCAUCGCAAACCUCUUGGUGGGUCCCUCUACGCUGACCUCCAUUCAUUUUGGUAGGGACAGCUCUUUGACCAAUCAUGCAGUGGCUGGCUUAGGCGACGGGGCGUCCGCCCUACGCUCCCUCUCCCCAAUCAGCAGCAGUCUUCACCUGAGAGGCAGUUUGAGUGCGGCUCACAGGGCGUCCGGCCACACUUCAACUAUGAACAAAGCAAUGGCAGGCUCUGGGACUGACGCCCGAACUGUGAGCUCAGGCAGCAGUGCAUGGGAGGGUCAGCUCACCAGUUUGGUCCUGUCAGAGUACGCCUCCACUGAGAUGAGCAUCCAUGCUCUUUACAUGCACGAGCUACACAAGCAGCAGUCCCGUGGCGAGCUGUCCCGUCACACAUGGCACCGGCAGGAAAGCGACGAAAGCAGUGACAGCGUCCCGGAUGAAGUGAGGAGUGAACCUAACCCUCACUCCAGACACUUCCCUCGCUCACACACUUUCCCCACCACAGUUCCCAGUCCCAGUGCCAUUCCCACCUCAGCUUCAGCCAUCGGUGGUACCACUUUGGGCCAGGAGGGGGCUUCAUCGCACAGCAGCAGCAGCCAGCAGCGCUCUAGUGGGCCUGCCACAGAGUCUCUAGGUUCAGGGGGGAAAAUAGUGAGGUCAGCCCGGGGUGUGCCCAUGGGAGGGUGGGCAGAGGAGGGUCAGUCAGCACCACGACACCAUGAGCCACUACCAGAGGAGAGCUCAGAGGAUGAAAUGCCUCCUCACAUACACAAGAUCACAUAACCAAGCCAUGUGAAUAAAUAUCAGCAUCCCACCCUCCAUCGAUGUCCACACACACGUCCUCAUCCUUGACCAAACUGUUUCUCCAUCAUCUAAACUGACACAGGUGAAGAUGUGUCAGAGAGGAGUACCAUGAUCCCUACGAACACUUUACUAGUGAAAUCAUCCGGAUAAGUUGCGACUGAUGCCACCAUCGACCAUUCAAACAUACUGUAAGACUUACUACAUGCCUACACAGGCAAACAGGGUAAAUAUCUGUAUGUGUGCAUCAGAAGAGGACCUACAGGAUCCAGUUAUUUCUAACAGCCAUUGAAACCAUCAGAUAACACUAUGCUCUUUUAUAACAUCAAAAGAUAACAUCAUAAAAGUGCAUGUGCUGCUGGGAUGUAAACGAAAAUAGUGAAUCCUUUAAAGUAUGGCGCUAGUGCUGUAGAAAAAUACACAACAGUUCGCCCAAAAUGUUGUCACAAUAAUCCUAAUUGUGCUGUCUGUAUUGUUUCCCUGUUGUACAAUCAGAUUGCCCAGGAGGUGAAAUUUGAAGAAUGUAUGGUGUCUCUCUGACAAUAGCAGCAUUCACCAAAAUGUGUUUAGAAAGAUUCUGGUGACACAAUUACUUGCAUUGUGUUUAUGUUACCGUACCAGUGGCAGGAGGCUGUGUAUCCUACCCUGUGCUCUGUAUUUCAGCUUCUGCCUCUCCACAAAACAAAUGAAGGCCUCAAAUAGUCAUAUCAUUUUACUCCUGAUGGAUUUUUUUAUUUCUCUGCAUUUAUUGCAUUUAAAAAGUUCAUGUGAAUUUUCUAAACCGUUAAGAAGCUUCUCCCAGAGUCUGGCUCAGUUUGCACACAUAGACGCUUGUUUAAAAGACCACUGUACAGCGUAGCCCGGCGUUCUGCUCGCACACAUGCACUGUGUAAAUAAUUGUCAUCAGGUUAUUUCACAGAAAUCAUUCAGAAUAUUUAUUUAAUUAAAUUCACACAGUUAUAAGGCCAUUAGUCUGUGACGUGUAAUCAGACAGGCACAUUUUAAUCUGAUUUAACCCAGGUUUUCAUUGUUAACCAUUCAUUACUUUUCAACACUUUUAUAAGGGCGCAGGAAACAAUGGAGGCUGUUUUAAGCAUGUAAUAUUGACUUCUGUGCCAUACCCUCAAGCACAAGUGCAUGACCAUUGUCCACACAUUCUCCUAACUGUCCUCCACAUCCUGUUAGAUUACAGCAUGACCCCCCCCCCCCAAUAUCCUGUCAUUACGCAGCAAUUUCUUUAAAAGAUAAGAAUUUAUGCACUUUAAUAAUCUGUUGAUGCAGAGGGUGUCACUUAACUGGGAUUGUUUGUAUGUGUAUGUUUUCGUAUAUAUAUAUUUUUUAAUUAUUUUAUUUAUCAGAGGGAUGUGCCAUGAUGAUUGACUGUUGUGAAUAAAGGUUUGGUAUUAUGUUGUACACUUGGAUGGGGAUAAAGAAGCACUGUCAUACUGUUGACCCAGUGUGGUGAAGGGUGCAGUGAUGUAGUGCGGUGAAUUUAGAUGAAAAGUGAUUGUAUCUGGCUUUUGUUAUUUGUUUUAUAAAUCCUGUAAAAUACCAUUUUGUACAGCUGUAAAUUCAUCCAUUAAAGGCAAGGCAAUGAU